AUGGGCCAGGAAAGAUCAACAUCAAACCUAAUCGCGGUGUGGAAUCAAGAUCCUCGGCUAUGUCUCGGUGGUAAUGCCUCGUAUCAUAGAUCGGAGUGGCAAUCUCGAGUAUCAACCGCGACCGUUACAGGCGCUGUUCCACUUAUUGACUCGGCAGCAAAAGAAGUUGGCUUCUCUGAUCUCCAGAAGAGGAACCAGCCAUUUUAUACCCAAUGCCCCGAUGGCGUUACAACAAUCUUUAAAAACUGCAGUCUCGGGGGUGAUUUAGGAAAGGCAUAUAAUGGUCAAUGUGGUGCCGUUAUGUGGAGUGGAACAUGUCAAAGUACUAAGAUUCUAAGAGGUUUCUGUAUAAGUGAUAUUGAGUUAAAUAGUUAG